GGCUCUUCAAGUUUGGCGGACGUCCCCAAAACAUGGAGCAAGAAAAACAGGAGUUAGUUCAUCACCUAAUUAUCUCCUAUAACUUGUCAACUCGGUUCUUCCUGCUCUGAAGGGAGUUCAUUUACAGGGGCGAUCUUAAUAAGUACUUGGAAGAGAAAUUAACUGAUUAUUUUGUUGUCCAGUUCCCUCCACCCCUUGUAGAACAUGAGUCAGUGAUUCAUAAUUUGGGUUUAGUCACUAUUGACGAAACCGCCUCUCUUUUCAGCUAGGAGUCCAUUUUAAGGGUGCCAUCUGUAAAGCGGGACAGUCUAAUGUCGUCGGGAGUGACUAGGCCUAAUGGUGACCUUUAGUGCUUGAUCCGGCAAGGCUUAGUUUGGAUGUCGCCUAAUAGGACAGUUUUCAUUUCUUCUGGAUGGGCUGGGAUUUGGAAACGAUCGUGAUGUAGGCAGAAUAUAGCUUGUGGACAUUGCAAUUUUGUGAGCCUACAUUGCCUUUUGUCUCGCGACAUAGCGGUAGGCAUGUAUGGAAUGAGCACUGUAAUUCUUUGAAAGUGGCUGCAGGAUAUGGAUAACAGUUUGCUAUUACCUGUUCUUUCAGACGCAGGAUCAGACGAUUAUCAAGGGUAUUUGCAUUGCCCUCAUUCAAAGUGCUGUUAGCUGUAUUUCAAAUCUUUUUAUUAGAAUUAAUAUCAGAUGACUGAUGAGUGUUAUAUCACAUCUUAAAGCAGGAAGUUACACUCUACUCUAUACUUGAGUGAAGUAGAUGUAUCAGGUAUCACCUCGUAAGAAGAAAAUAUUUUAUCGGCUGCUGCAUCCAUUGGACAUGGACUAACCGAAUGUUUACUUUGGAUGGCUCUGUCAUUUCCUCAAUUAAACAGUCUUCGAAUCAACAAAUAGGUUUAACAUUCCCAUGACAAGCAGGGUAUAGAUGGUAAACACUGUAGCUUAGUGGAAGAUAGCGAUUGUCUUUGAUGCAUUUCCAGACAACAGAGAGUAGCAUUGGCUCACCAAGCUCUUCUUUCAACUUGAGACAAUCCCUGUUGGUAUAGAUCAUGUGGCAAGCUUCUGGUGAAUACCGGGAAUUCAUUUAACAAGACCGUCAACGUGAGCUUUAAGACUCUAUCACAAGACACGUGAUCUCCAUCAGCAUCUUGCGGGACUUCUUUGCUUGCGAUUUGUUUUGGGGGGUGUUCAGCGGGGGGGUUAUAACGUUAUCUGGUUCGAGGAAGCUGAAAACUAAGAAUGGCGGAAGUCAUCCACAGGUCCACCUUUACCAGUAAACGGUUUCUGAUUGGUCGAGAGAAGGACAGUGAGAACAGUGAGGUGGCAGCUCUCAUCAAUCAAUCUCUCAACCGGGAUCGCAUCAGUGCUCCUCCAUCUCAUCCGGCUCCUCCUCCUCCUCCUCCUCCUGUUAAUAAACAACCAGUGCCUUCACCUGAAGAGGAUACACCAUCGGUAGAGAUGCCUGGGGAAUCCCCCGAUGACAAUCAGCUGAUCCAGGGUACCUUUGACCUUGACGACACCCUGAGCAGUGGCGGUGGAAGCUCGGUGGUCUCUCCGUCGGAAGCUACGGCUGAAGACUACUCCAACCUCAGGAUCAAACUCAAGGAGACUCAGUACAAACUUGCCAUGGCCGAGGCUGAAAUACCAAAUCUUAAGAUCCAGGCUCUGCAGGCACAGGGCUGGGAGGCGGAGGAGAAGCGUUUAAAGAACCACAUAGAAGCUCAGGAUCGACGGAUGGCCGUCCUGGAGUCGGGGUUGGAGAAGAUACAGACGGAGAUUGACAGCAUGAAGAACGCACUCAACGAUUCAAGAGAACAACAUGCCGGUUUGGAAAAGAAAUAUCACAAAGCCAAGAAACUCAUCAAGGACCUUCAAGCGAGGGAAGAGGAAUUAGAGGAAAAAGAACGUCUUCAGAAACAGAUUGAGAUGGAUAAGGAUGAGAGGCAUGCAAAGGAGGUGGAACACCUCCAAGCAAGGAUACAACAGUUAGAAUCGUCCGUCAGUGGUCAAAACAAAUUAACCAAUGGUUGGACAGCAUCCGCAUCACAUGGGGAAAUAGUUGGGGAUUCCCCAUCUAGUUCACCGGACAAUGGUGAUGAAGAUGUAGUACUUCUAAGGCAGGCGCAGGUCCCAUCUUUCGAAGCUAUUCUGGAAGCCCAGGGGAAAGAAUUGGUAGUAGACGAAACAUCCGAAGACUUUGAAUGGGACUUCGACAUGGGCCAUCUUAUAUGUGCGCCCCUGCGGUCAGCACCACCAUCUCAUAUAGAGGACCAAGAAGAAGAAGAUGACCAAUCAGUGAAUGAUUCGGACAGCGACCUAUCAGGGACGGAGGGAACGUACCAUAUCUCAGGGUUACCAGAUGAGGAUGAAGAUGAGGAAGAGGAGGAGAAAGAGCAGCAAGAAGUUGGCAGUGACUUGGUGAAUGAUGUGUUUAGUGCCUUGAUGCCGGAGACAUCGCGUCUUGAUACGAGCGUAGAGAGAUCAAAGAUUGCCUUGGUUACCGGCCCUGACAGCAAAAUGGGAAGGAGAAGUAGACCUUCACUUUCUCAUCUAAGAGAGAGGGCACAAUCUAGUACUGAGCUCAUGGAUGAAUUAGUACCCACCAAAGAGGGCAGCAGUCCACCAAUCGUAGCCAAGAAACCUCAACCAAUGGAACGUACUCAGAUGGUACGCGUCUUACCCACGAUGCCCCCUGGUACUACCAAACCCAGCGAGGUAUUACGCAACCAACCAGCCUCUCCUAAACUCGGCAGGUUCAGGGAAGAAGGUCAGAGUUCGCCUCCAAGGUCACCAAAGCUGGGGCGCCCACUUGUGACGGAAAAAAUCUACUACAACCCGUGGAUAAGAAGCCGACACUAUUUCCCAGAACCCGAUACAAGUACGGAUCAUAUAGCCACAGGGUACCAAAGCCCACCAUCUCCAGUUCCGGCUCCCGUCGUUACGGCAACGACGUCAUCGUCAGGCCUUCCACCGGCAAUGCCUAUUCUAAGGUUACAGCAACCAAACACGAGUGCCCAUAUAGAAUCCUCCCCUUCAUCUUCUUCACCGGAGGGAGUAGGGGUAAGCCUAGUCUCAUCUCACCCCCACCACCGGCAUAAACACCAGGAGAGGGCGGUAGACGUACCCUUCGAUCAUCAGCUAAGUCCGGAAUUAUCUAGUCAAGGUAGUCGUAGCUCCGAUGACCCUCCUAUGUUUCCUCAAGGUGGUGGUGUGCGUGUUCUGUCUCGCUCUGCUCCAAAACUUUCCUCGUCAUCUUCACUUUCCUCAUCAACGUGGUCAUCAUCAUCCUCUUCAUCCCUGUCAUCAUUUCCAUCCGAUGAUGAGGGAGAGCAAGAAGAAAAGAGGCAUAUGUUCUCAGCAUCAUCAACAGACUACCUUGCUUCCAUGCCAGCGAGUGAGCUUGGAGGAGGGAAGAAGAAGAAGAAGGGCAAAUACAGUAUAUCAGGUCCGACACAAGAUGAACCGGUUCAGAAGCCGCAUCAUAUAGACGAUCGUCCAGUAUGGGACUGGAAUACUACCCACGUCUCGCAAUGGCUAAUGGCCAACAACCUCGCACAGUACAUCAACGAUUUCUCUGCUAACUCUAUCAACGGACAUGCUCUGCUACAACUGGAUGGGGCCAAGUUAAAGACGUUAGGUGUGACUAAUUCCAAUGAUAAGAACACGUUCAAGAAGAAGGUCAAAGAACUCAAGGCUUGCGUGGAAAAGGAGAAGAAGGCUCAACAAAAGGAACAAAAAGCAAGAGAAAAAUUACAAAAGAAAGCAGCCAAGAAAAUGUUUGCUACAAGCCCAUAGAUUUAUUCUUAUAGUGCACAUCCCAUAGUAUUUAUUACAGAUUACUAUCAAUGUUUAUAUAUAAUCAUUAUACCACAUUAAUUUUGGGUUACGUUGCAUGAAACAUACUAUUGAUGGGAAUGCUGACGUCAAUGUUAACUACCAUGGAUAGGUUGAUUUUGAUUGGCUGUUGGGCCUCGAUUCCAUGGUAUUUACCAUUGACAUUCAGAGUUACCAUUGAUAGUAAAUUUAACCGUAGGACAACACUUUUCUUUCUCCCUUUUUGUAGAAAAAUAUACUGCGUUGGACCUAAAGAUAAAUGUAGUACUAUGAUAUAAAAAUACAUGGUAUCAUUUUGUAUUCAGAUUUACAGGGGAAAGCGCGUUCACACAACACUGAUAUUCUAGAGCUCAUGUAGAUCAUGGGAUCUUAUUUGAUACGUGUGAACAUUGCAGGGGUUGUUGGAUAUGAUUUUCAUGCCAGGAACUAACUCUUUUUGCAGAAAUCAGUUGAGAUGUUACAGCACUUUGUACACCUAUACGAGUUUAGUAGCAUGCAUGCAUCCAGUGUUUUGCCUUGAUUAUUUUGUCACAUAGUACUUUGUACUUUAGGAUUCUCAGAAAUCUUCAGCGGUUAAAGAGACUCUGUUGCUCUGAAGUAGAAUGUGAUCUAAUGAUCUCCAUCUUCCAGAACAAAGUGAUAAGAGACAUAAGGACUUAUGUCACCUUUCAAAGUAUCCCACAUUUCCUUAUGGAAGUGUUCUAUGAAAAUUUUAAACUAGUGAGCUGAAAUACUGAUAUUUUUAAGGAGUUUGAAAUGAUGCUCUUAUGACAGAAGUUGCCAUUAUACUGAAAGUCAAUAUGGGGAAUUUUAUUGAAGAAAUGAAUAUAUUCUUAUGUUUCUUAUCUCUGCGUAAUGUUUGUAUACCAGUUUCUAUGGUGAUGGAAUGAGGGGUCUCCUACAUAAAUAAAAUGUAAGUUUGCUUCCAGAUUUUGUAUAGCAUUAUUAAAGAGAAAAAAAAUCUAUAAAUGUGUAUUUAAACAGAUUACUCGGACCCAUGGUUUUUUAUAUAUUUUGACAUGUAUGUAAAUGAAAAAUCACAGGAAUAUAUAUACCUCGAAUACUAAUUUGAUCAUUGUAUUCCUUGUCAGUGAAAAUAAUAGAUAAAAACUAUAUUUUGUAUAAAGCACCCAUUUAUCUAUUCCGUCACCAAAAAGUAAUGCGAAUUCACAAUAUUAUUACUCCAAAUUUUAUAAUCUGCUGUAUUGUGAAGCUCGAAAUGCAGUAAAGAAACCAUGCCUUUAUUAUGGGCAGGAAUGGGUAUAAUUGUAGUGAUUUUUUCCUGGAAAUUGUGUGUAAAAUCUCUUUUCUUCUCAUUUACAUUUACACCAUAGUUCUUGUAGCCUACAUAUAAACCUAGUGCCAAUGAUGAAGGUGAUAAUUUCAGUACUUAAAACAUUAUUUACAGGUAAUUAAUAAUCAUGCAUUUAAAGAUAAAAAAAAUGUUUGUAUACUUUUUCUGUUGUCAAGAAAUGAAAUGAAAAACAAAUACUUUGUAGUGAAUAUGAUCAAGGAACAUUUUAUCCAUGAUUUUAGUGCUCAUUCAAAAAAGCAUUUAACUUAAUUUUUAGAAAAAAUAUUAAAUUUAUGAAUUUUAUAGUUGUAUUUUUCAUUUUGCUCCUUUUACUGCUAUGUCAUAUUAAUGGUAUAUUAAUUGUGAUUGUUUUGCGGAUCACUGUAUGUAUAUUUUUGUUGAUCUUAAGUUGGAUAAGAAUUAAUGAUGGGGAACGAAUUGUAUUUAAUAUCUUGGAUUGAAUCAUUUUGCCUAUCGACAUUCCCAAAAUGAAUUGAUAUUCCUUAUGUAAAUGAAUACAGGUUGACCAGUAAUUUAUACAAUUCCAAUAAUAACACAAAAUGAUUUACUUAUUCUCUAAUAUGUAAUAAUGAAUGCAAAUCGGCAUGAAAUGCCAAUAGAAUUAGAUGUGUGUUAAUGUUUCACCUAUUCAUGUCUUUCACAUGUUAUGAUUCUAGAUCUUGCAUUUUCUUGAAGAGAAGACUUCUCAUAUAUGCAACCUUGUUAUAUUCACCUGUUGUCAUCUGAAUAAUGAUAUCAUAAUUCCUUGUCUACCUUUUAUGUUGAAACGAUACGACUACUUUGAAACUAAAUUUUCACUAGCAAAUCAAAAUUGAAGAAGAAAAGUUUCUAUCCAUCUCAUAUUAAUCCUUUUUCUGUCUUGUUUCUUCUUUUUCCCCUAUUCUUUUUAUGCUUAAAUUUUAAUCUGUACCAAUUAUUUCUUCACUAGGAGUAAUUUUGAGGCUGAUAAUAAGACAAGUCUAUGCAUACAAAUUCAAUCCGUUUUAAUCUGGUAAAGACAAUCAAUUUUUUAUAUAUUUGAUGGCAAAAUUAUUGAUGCAUUUUUUUAAUGUAGCUAAUUUUCAGUCUCUUUCAACUUCUGUAAACCAUACAACCACUGUCUAAUAGUUUUGGGGUAUUAUUUGCAAAAUACUUAGUUGAAAUUUGAACAGUAAUAAGUGUAGAAAGUGACACAUGGUAAACAUUUCUAACUGAUUGUAACUGGAAUUCUCCGAAAAUUCGAGUUGUGAGGGGUUUUAUUUCAUGAUGAAUUGUCUUGUGGCAGUCACUCAUUGUUUUCGUGAAAGUAGUCGUCUGGAAAGCAUUUAAUGCAGCAUCUUAUCAGGGAUUUUCUUUUAGAGCUGUUAUAAGCUACUGAAAUCCUUGAAUCUGAUUGGUCAGUAGCAAAUUUUGGGAUGAAAAUCACUGACAAGGUGCUUUGUGAAACACACCCCAGAGUCCUGCAACACAACACUUAGUGAUUAAUUGUACAGUAGUUGAUUUGUAGUAUUGAUUGCACAUAGUGACCAAUGUAAUUGAUCAUAAAAAUCAACUUUACAAUCAAUCUUUAAGUAAGUGUUACCCGACCCUGAAGUUUGCUUGGACUAGUUACGAUAUCUGUACAUUUUUAUGUCAUGGAAACGAUACCAAUCAACGAAAGAGGCCUUGGUUUUUUACUCAUCUUUGUAUUAAAGACCGUUUUUUGCAAUUAUUGUGGACGUUUGCGUAGCAACUUUGAAGUCAAAUCAAAUUUGAAAAUGCAUUGCUUAUAGCUUUUUAGUACAUUGACAGACUAAUAAUGACUGUUGCAAACCUUUGCCAGUGAUGAUUGCCCUCAUACCUAUCAGAAAUCGCCCGUGCAAGUAGAAAAGCUAUAGGUCUUAAUCUGUAACCCUAACAUUGCAGAGCUAGCUUUGAUCAAUGAAACAAGAGUAUAUUUUUACAAACAUGCCAACAUUUAUGUCACUCUCUGAAAAAACUGAGAAACGUUUCAUCAACAUUUUUUGUCUAACAAAUAUGCAGAUCUGACAGCUUUCCUUAAUUGGCCGAGGACAGUUGCUAUGGUAACUUAUGGAUAAAACAUACUUUGUCAGAUGAAACAUCUGAUAAUUUCCUUUCAUGAAAUGCUCCCUGGGGCUUGACCCACAAUCAUUCAAACAGUAAUUACUUCCAUGUGAAGUGGAUAGAAGGGCAUGAGUGGGUGUUAAGCCUGCGCUUGUAGAGCGGAGCGAGAGAUAGGAGGGCACUAUCAUUUUUGAGGUUAUAUAUUCCACAUCCACCAUUAAAUAAUUAUGUGUGGAUUUUUAAAAGAUAUUUUCAUUCCUGAUAUUUUUUAAACAAAGUUGAGAAAAUCAGUGUCACAUGCAUUAUUGUCCCAUUGGUUUGUUUUCUUUUCUUGAAAUAAUCUACAGUGGUGGUAAAAAGUUAGUGACCCCAACGGAAAAUGAAAAGUGUUCAAGUUCUACCAUGUUAUAGAUAUUUAAUUGUGAAGCCAGGUGAUGAAAUAUUAUUACAUUCAAUUCGCCAAACAUUGCAGCGUUGUUGUCUACAUUCAACACUCGGCAUGAAAGUGCAUUUUGUGGUGGGGUUUACUAACUUUUAAGCACCACUACUUUUGGAUCAUAAACACAAAAAGAACAAUAUACCUCAAUUUCAAAUACCUGGAGACAAAGAAGAAUAUUCUCCUUUCUGCUUGUAGUUUUAGAUGUGUUUUAUUCCGUAUCAGUCACUGUUUAAUUGUUUAAUACACUCUUCUUAUCUGCUUUUGCCGUUCUCUGUAGUUUGUUUUCAACUGUUGUAUUAGUCUGUGUGUGUUUAUCUGCUGCAUAGUGCAAAAACAAAAAAAAAUUAUAUAUGUUCUUAUAAUUUAUGUAAUCUUGUUUUUAUUUGUUAAAAUUUGUAGAUAUGGAACGUUGGUGUUAUUAACAAUAAUGCCUUUUGUAUUAUCAAAGAAUCAAAAGAUUUAUCAUGCAUCUGUGUAUAUAUAAUGGUUAGUAGAUGAUAAUGUAAUAUAUAAAGAAACACACUUUGAAAUAAAUGGUGUCG